UAGGCCUGCCGUGGGUGGCUGUCCAAAACAAUGUACGAGAACUCGGGGCGGAGCGGAGACUGACGGGCGACAGUCGGCAACUGGCGCAUCAGCGGGAACUAGUGGCCGCAGCAUCCCUCCCUCGGCGCCUUCUUCGUCCUCUCCGCACCCAGGCAGCCGCAGGGGAACGAGCCACGCCUUUGAACAUAGCAGUGAGCAGUAACAGGCCAUGCGUGUGUGGCCUGCGGCGGCGGUGAUGGUGGUGAUGCUUGCAGUGGGGGCAGGCGGAGCGGGCGGCGUAGUUAGCCCGGCCACGCCCCGCCCUCCCCCGCUGGCACAAGGACUCACCGACACGCCCACGCCCACCUCCACCUCCACCACCCACUCCACGGCGGCACCCACACCCACGUCCGAGGAGCCGCCACCCACUCAAGCCAAGACCUCUGCUAAUGAGACGCCAGCUCAAGACCCGCUCACCAACAAGGACACGCCCACCCCGCCCGUCUCCACGCCCAGCCUCACCCACAUCCCACAACAACAACAACAAGAGCACCAGCAAUCCCCGGCCCGCCCACCACCCACAUCACCCACCACCACCACCACCACUACCUCCACCACUACCACUACACCGAUCCCGCCAACCACCACCACCACUACCAGCACCACCACCACCACCAAGCCAAGCACAACCACCACCACUGCUACCCCAACCACCACCGCCUCCAUUACCACCAGAGCGACCCAUAGCACGCCUCCCGCCCCCCCUGUGCCCAAGCUUCCUCCUAUUUACGAGAUGACGGUGGAGGUGAAGGAUCUGCACGUGCUGGAGGAGUUCACGGUGCUGGAGCGGGAGAACGAUGGCUGGGCGUCCCACAAGCUCACCUCCGAGAACCUCAACGUGUCAUGCAUCUUCUCCCCCCUGAAGGCCGAGGGAUACCUGCUGGAAGGCGUGAGGUGUGCCCGGGCCAGCGGAUUGCCCCAGCGAUGCUUCUGUACCCGACGCUGGUGUCGUCCCUACGUCGCCGUGGGCACCCUCCUGAACCACCUGCGCACCAGUAACCCCACCUACACUGAGCACGAGAUCGCGGGUGUGGGCGGAGUCAACGUGGUCGUGUGGCGCGCAACCAGGGGCGACAUGACGCUGGAGGCUGUCUACACCCGCACCGUGAAGGACCUGGCGCCCGUGUCCUUCACCCUCAAGGGAUCGGGCCGAGUGUUCAUGAUGCCCAACGGUCCGCUCUCGCUCCGCUACCAGGUCAGGUCAUGGGCCGCCAGCACGGUGCCCACGACGGAGCUGGUGUCCACUCCGCCCGGGGUUGUGUGUCCCGUGCAGCAGAGGAAGUUCCUGCCCAAGCUUGCCAACCAGUUCUCCCUCACCAUGGAGACUGUGAUCCAGAACCUGGGCACCAUCGCCUACGAGUCUCAGCACUACGAGGCGGAGGAGAAGCUGGUGUCCUUCACGUAUCGGCCGCACUUCCACGCGGACGGCAUGUUCCUCCUCAACAUCCCGGGCUUCACCGACCUCGCCGUGGAGACCUACCGCGUCAUCCACGACUUCAAGACAGGCAUCCAGUACAUGAUCAACGAGAAGACAACCAACUGCAGCAUCCAGGGCAUCCCCGUCUCCGCCCUCGACGCCGCCUCCGCCGAGAACCAACACAUCCGCUUGCGCCACGCCUCCGAGCUCAUCUCCAUCGACCCCAACAUGUUCUUCUACAAGGGCACGCGUGUGGUCCGUGGAAUCUUGUGCGACGUGUGGGUGGCUGAGCGGGGCGUGCGGAAGGGGCAGUACUAUACGGUGGAGGUGUUCUUUUCCCACGAGAACUGGACGGUGGAGGUGGAGGUGUUCAACAAGGUGCGACAGGUCCCCAUCGGCAUCUCCUCCUACAUCGCUGACGUGGACAAACCGUACCACUGGACCUCCGUGGUGCAGACGUUCUUCUACGAGUACCGCGACGGACACCCCUCGUGGCGCCACUUCGACAUCUCCCCGUGCCUCAACCGCAUCAACCGCCUCUUCCUCAUCCUGACGCUCGAGGUCUCCUACACCGAGCUGGUCCACUACAACCUCGAGGCCGCCAAGAACUCCAUCAGGCGCGCCGUGGCUGGCAUCGCGGGCGUAUCUCCGCUCAGGGUCACGGACAUGUUUCUGAGCAGCCGCCAGAGUACCGGGGAGGUGGACGUGUGGUUCGUGCUGCUGGAGAAGCCUGACGUCACGGGCCCCAUCAUCACUCCGCGGCCGCAGCUCCUCAUGGCCGACGCCUACAAACUGCUCCACGACAUCACGCAGAACCACAAUGUCUCUGUGAAGCUCGACCUUUCCUCCAAGAAGAAACUGUUCGUGACCAUCAAGUGCGGCUCGCUAACCACCACCACCGAGGCACUGCACCCACAUAUGCGUCACCGGUCCAUGCGCUACCUCAAGGCCGGCUACACCGCGGGGAGCAUGGCCGGCCUCGGGUUCUCCAUGGCUAUCCUGGGGACGUGCGUGGGCAUCUUCGUGGGCUUCCUGCUGUGGAGGCGUCAGACCACCAAGCCCUGUCAUCUGGUGGACUGACGCCGGAGCUACAUUGACCUGGCGGGCCCCAGCAUCCUCACAUGAGACAGCGCAGGUGUGUGGCUCCAGCGUCAAUAGGCAUCCAAUUUACUCACAAAAUACUCCAAGGAUCUCAUCGAUACUGACAAUAAGCUGCACAUAGAAUCCAACUCACAAAUACUUCAUUAACUCAUAAUCGUAAUGACUCGCAAAUAAUUCCAACUCGCAGAUGAGUAUGUCAGAUUUCAUUUUAUGCUUGAAAGGUCUCAUCUAUGCUGACAAUAAUCUGCACAAGUAAUCCAACUCACAAAUAAUUAACCUAAACAUAUAAUGACUCAAAUAAUUUCAUCUCUAACUCGCAGAUACGUCGCUUUCUUUUUAUUAUCAAAGGGUCUCAUCGAUACUGACAAUAAGCUGCACAAGUAAUCCAACUCGUAGAUGAUGAACUCAAAAACUUAGUGACUCGCACAUUAUUUCAUCUCUAACUCGCAAAUAUGUCAACUUUCAUUUUGUAUCGAAAGGUCUCAUCUGCUGACAAUAAGCUGCACAAAUAAUGUAACUCACAGAUAACCAACUCACAAGCGUAAUAAAUGAAUUUACUUGUUAACACUGUAACUCAUAAAUAAUCAUUCUAGCUCAUAAACAAUCUCAUUCACAAACAUUCUAACUCACAACCAUGAAGGUUUCCAACCUCCGUGCUCACGACUAGCAGACCAACUCUCUAAAGUAACUCUAAGACGAGCACCAAAGCUCAGCUUAGUGAAAGCAAAAUGUUUGCCUUACAUUAAUCACUGUGAGAAAAGUAUCCAGGCUGAUCUUAGCAUAAGGUGUGGUGUCUGCGGGGCGGCGCGCGGGCGUGGCCGUGGCGAGGCGAGCGUCUUGGCACGCCUGCUGGAGCACCGGCCGAAGAGGGAAGUAGCAAAACGGCUCGGUGCCCGCCCUGCGCCAGGGCCACGCACGCAACGACGUGCUCCCACGCCCCUCAACACCGUCGCUUCCAACACGGUUGUGCACAGAAACCUCGGACGUUAAACUUUGUACUGCACAACUCUGUACAGAUGAAUGCUCACGCCUGAUUCGGGCCGUUGUGAUUUUUCUUCGUAAUGUCAAUGGAGCUGUCUGAGUGCGCUAACCUUUGACGUGUUAAACAUGUCACUUUUUUUUUUUAAAGGGCGAGUGUGUGUGUGUGUGUGUGUGUGUGUGUGUGUGUGUGUGUGUGUGUGUGUGUGUGUGUGU